CGCUUCUCAAGAAAGAGAGGGGCAGUCGGUCUGUACAUGCGUGAGGUGGCGAGAGGCGUGUCCAGGGGACGGCUAGUAGCGUGUGCCACCGUGGAAAUAUGUACAGACAAAGAAGACGCCCUCAAGAAAGAUGUGGUGAAGACAGUGUUAUGCACCACCACACCACCAUUACACUUCCUGUCUUGCUUGGUGAAUGAACAGAGCACCACUAACAUCACAUCAUUGCAUCACCACAUCACCACACCACCACCUCCUGUCCUGCCCCAGUGAAAUAGAACAUCACCACCACAUCACCACAUCAAGAGUCAGUGAUUGCCUGCAGCCAGCCCUAGCCUGACCCGCCAGACAUGUGUCCCAGGCCUUCCCCUAGCCUGUAGAGCCAUGUAAGCCUGCAGGUCAAGGUCAGGUAAAAAAAAAAACAGGCCGUAACGUAAAAGAUCAAGACAUUUACGAAGACUGUCUUUGAUGGGCUCAGGUCCUCCGUGCAGACCACCAACAAGCAAGAGAUUGACGAAAUACAGGUUGUGAAGACGCUGCAAGCUGAUGCCUUCAGAGAUCGCGAAGGUCCUCACCUUGUUGUAGGAGAGCUGACAACAUGUACCAGCCAGCAGCAACUCCCAUGCUAACAGGCUUCUCCCCCGCGGGUAUGUAGCACCUCUGGAGUCGCUCGAUGAAGAAGAGGAUGCUGGCGAGGCCUGUCGUGUUAGCCGGGAUGCGCCGGUACAGAGCUGUGUCCGUUGGGGUUGUGUAGGCAAGCAUCUUCUUGGCAAGGUCCUCGUAGGUGGCCGCAAACAGUUUACGGCUGUGGGAUGAGAACUUGUCUUGUGAAUGUGACGUUGGGAGGAGGGAAGCACAGGGGAAGAGGAGGACGAGGAGGAAGAGAGUUAAGAGUCACAAGAGGAGGAGGAAGGUGGAAAGAAAGAGGAAGGAGAGGAGGAGGAGGAGGAGGAGGAAGAUGGAGAAGGAAAGGAGAAAGAUAAGAAGGAAGGAAAUGCCGCAGAAGGAGAAGAUAGAAAUCAAAAACGUCACAAGACAGAAUAGUGAGCUGCAUGCACUUAUCACAGAGUAUAAAGUCACUCCCUCAGAGGAAAAAGACAAGGAUGGCAUGUCUUCAUGUGAGAACUCAGAAGCUAAAUGUACAGAUACCAAGGGGAAAUUGCUGGGUCAAGUGGCUACACUGACAUCUGAGGUUAGCAGGUUGGAGAGUGAGUGCAGCAGUCUUCAGGUUCAGCUAGACUGUGAGAGGGAUAAGUAUAACAAACUGCUGGGAGAAUCUCUUGCUCAUGAAAAGUUGUCUGAAGAUGUCAUAACUGAACCAAAAGGAGAAACAACAGGAUUGGGAGGAACUGAGCUUUAACAGAAGCUGCAACAACUGCAGGAGCCUCACAGGGUCCUGGAGAGCAGGUUAACUUGCAGCAUGAAGGAGGUGGCUGAGCUAAGUGACAGGAAGUAGCAGCUUAAGCAUGCUGUAGUGCAUGAGGAGACAGAGUCCAUCGGUGUAUGCAUGUUUUUUGCUCAUUUGAAUCAUCUGUAAAAGUGAAGUGGAGGAAGUGUUUACUGUUUACUGUAUGCCAUUUCCUUGGUCUUUUAAUGAAGAAUUUUAUCCUUCUUCAGGUGACUACAUCACCAUCUACCAGUUGCAGCGAGGAGUGAUGAAGCAACAAGCUCGAGAACGCGAGUUAGACCUUGCCAGCCUCCAUCAUGAAUGAGAGGAAAUGAAGCAAAACCACUCUGCAGGAUUUGAUAUCAAAGCUGGUGCAGGAAAAGGAAGCAGAUCAUGACCUUCAGCAGCUCGAGAAGAUAAGCAGCGUCCUUAAGAGUCCAGUUGCUAUCUUUAGCAGUGUUGGAACCAGUGAGUCUGAGACACCCACCAGCAGUGGAAAGCUGGCUGACGAGCGCCUCAAGCACUCUGAAAAGGUGGAGCAACAACAAGAAACAGAAAAUUGCAUCCAUCAUUCUUUGCCUGAGGAGGGAAUUGAUGCUCUGUUGACCCUUCACACUGAUGUCCCUCAUGAGGAGGCAGAAUAUGAAUCCUACAGAACUUGCCCAUAGAAAGACCAAAACUGUUACUGCUGCCACACUGCCACCACUUCCACUGACACCAAAAGCCCAACUGUGCAGAGAAUCCUGGACCUCCGCAAUGAAAUGGAGUCCACCAGUCACCUGGAGCACUUUAGCCUCCAAAA